AGGGAAUGGCGACCCAGUUUGUGUUGGACCACGAUUGGGAAAAAACUGAACGCACUGGUCUUUUUCCCAGCCCUGUGGCCCGUCCUUGCCGUCAACGUCUGGAAAGUCUUGUCUAACAGAGCGGACAUUCUCAACGUAGUUAAUCCCAUCAUUGAAAUUUGCCAGAGCCACUACCCGAACCAGCUGAGUCAGAUCUGUGAGACCACCAAGAGACUGAAGGUGGUGACAGACUGGCUGACGGCGCAAGGCCAGAUGGCACUGCCAGACGUGAACGUGAUGCUCUCCCUGGCCAGGAACCACAGCCCUCUGUAUAUCUUGCAGGCCACCACUGAUUUGGUAGAUCUGGACCAUCAUCGGCUGCUUGACCUUCUUUUGGAACUGGAAGGACCAAACAGUUGGAAUGUUCAAGUGUUUGAAGGAUUUACAAUUCUUUUCUCUGUGUUCCAAAUUCUUGAGAAGGCUGUGGAUAUCUUCAAUGAAUAUGAAAAAGAAGACAAUGACUGUGAUUUAAUGUGCCUUAAAUACAAGGAAGAGGUUAGCAAACCGAUUUCGGACCUUGACAAAAGUCUGAACAAACUGGAGCCGUUGGAUUUUAGACUGGAAGUACUGGAGGACAUAUUUCUACUGCUAUUCCUACGCUCAGAGGACUAUUGCGAGGAGAAGGACUGUGUGGACAGCAGUGCCGAGGAGCCUGAGGAGGGUCACAAUUUGCUGUCACGGUCCGCGUCGGACAGUGGUGCUCUGGAGCCACAUGCCCCCACCACCUCCCGCCGCAAGAGCUCCCCAGGGCGGGCUUCUAGUACCUCCUCCUACCCCUCCACCACCACAACACAGCGAAGAUCGGCAAGUCACAGAAGGAGCAAUAAGUCUUUUGCAGUAAAGUUCAGUCAAGGCUUUGUUUGCUACCCUUGGCUUGUCAGUGAUAUUCUAGGCUGUCUGAAACGCUCUCUUGAACAUUUGGAAACUGUCUGUGAUCAUUUUGGCUGUGAUAGAUUUAAGAGGUUAAAAGGAUCUGUUGAUGAUGCUGCAUGGAGAUUGGCCAUGGUGUCAGAUUCAAGUUCUGGUAUCAGUCGAGAUGUGCACAGUCGGGUGGAAGCCUGCUGGGUGUACGAAGGAGGUGACAGUUCAGACUCUGACGACACCCCCUCUCUCCAACCAUCACCUAGACGCAAGGGAAGAAGAUCCCGUCACUUGGAAAGCUCAUCUAGGAGUGAAUCCAGCAGCAAUGCCACCUUCGGCCCCAAGUUCUCUUCAAGUGCAAGUGUUACGAGCAGUGUAAAGACUAGGAGAUGUUCAAGGCUGUUUUCCACGUCCAGCAACUUGAUCAACCUAAUGUUGGCAUCCCCUUCGUGUCUUGUUUCCUACUUUAUCGCUAAAGAAGACUUGGACAGAGCCACAAAUGCAGUUGAAAGAUUCAACUUGAGAGGUACUGCAGUUAAUGUGGAACUGAAUUUUCUUAAGGAAUUCUCGAAUUUGAGGAACAAUAUUUUAGAAGUGGACGUCAGAAAUAGUGACGAGAAAUCUUCAAUAAAGAAUUCUACUCUUCAGGCGAUUAGUGAAACAACGUCGUCAGGAGUUUUAAAUGUCACACUAACAAAACUUGUUGAAACCUUUUUAAUUCAGACUCCAUUACCUGAAGAAGUGGGAGACAACAAGGGAGUUGUUGUGUUGGACUUGGCUCUUUCACCACUUCCCUCGCUCAAACACUCCAUCUGCCUUCUAGAUCUGGCUAGAACAUACACCAGAACUGCAUUGGCUUCUCCUGUUAAAGGGACUGUGGAGGCGUUCACGCAGACAAUGAGACGAGUAGUGGAUGAAAUCGAUGACUCCUCCUCCUUGACAGACAUCCUGCUGGACCCGUGCGUUCCUUUGAGAGAUGCCAACAAGAUCAGCAACCUGAGAACGUUCUGGAGCUCACUUCAGGAGAGCCUCAGCAGUUUCCAAUCCUCCAUGACAUCAGCGGACGACGACUUGGCAGACGCUGCAUUCCUCAAACUGACAUCGUGCAUUGUAGUCGGUCAAGGCUUGGUACAAAACUAUCAAGAUGACACAAAGGAACACUUCUUGAAUCACCUGAGAUCUUAUGUCACAUGCUUGUGGAAAAUUGUCUCUCAUAAAAUACCAGCAGGCACCAAAUACAAAGUGUUAGAGUACGACUUGGACACUCUGGUGGGGGAAUUAGUGUUCUCGGAAGGCAAGGAUCCACUGGAGGUAGAGGCAGCCUUGUUACCUAUAUCGAUCAAUGUGGUACACCUGGUGAUGGCUCACUGCACACCAUCCAUCAGCAUUAGACAGCUGAAACAGAGAUCUGCCACAAUCGUUCUCAAUUCCUGCCAUCAGACUUGUGAAAGAAAAGGAGACCUGAAUGUACCGGAAGAAGUAUCUUCUCUCCUCUCCAAGCUGCUGGACGUCAUUGAGUGGAAGAGUUCAAGGGCUCUAGACAACCUACCGACCUCCCCCAGAGUGCAGGAGGUCCUAGCGGCCACGUGUUGUCUACAACAGCUGGACUGGAAUCAGCUGGUCCCUGGUGAUCAGCUGUUUGCCUUUCUUGUCAACCUGUACAACCUCAUGUGGCUGCAUGCUCUCAUCUUGCUUGAAAUAUCAGAUGAGUACGGUCUGGUCUCUCCGUCUGCCUGUCUACGAGACCUGAGCGCUCAAAGUGUGGGUUACAUUGUCAGUGAAUGUUACAGAUGAGUACGGUCUGGUCUCUCCGUCUGCCUGUCUACGAGACCUGAGCGCUCAAAGUGUGGGUUACAUUGUCGGUGAAUGUUACAGAUGAGUACGGUCUGGUCUCUCCGUCUGCCUGUCUACGAGACCUGAGCGCUCA